CAACAAGCCAUAGGCGAAUUGCAGUCCAGAUAUUCAUGAUUCCCUACUUCUUUUUCACGUCCUAUACAUGUGCGUUUAAUUUUACAGCACCUGCGUUGACGACAUGGCGCAAAAAAACAGUGGUGCGAUUGAGCUUCCGGUCAUAGAUGUGACCAACACAGACAUGGAUACGGCAAGGCAGCUUAUCGACGCUGUAGCCACACACGGUUUUGUGUAUUUAAAGAAUAAUAAAGAUGAAAUCCCAAACGAAGAGAUUGACAGACUGUUCGACCUCUCCGCACGCUUCUUCAAGUCGCCGAUUGAAAUCAAGCAGACAUGUGCAGUAGGCUCAGGAGAGUCGGGGAAAAACAGCGGCUGGUUCGGGAUGAACACAGAAAAGCUUGAUCCGGAGAAGCAGAAGAGGGGCGAUUUCAAAGAGUGCUUCAACAUGAACGAGUUCAAGGACGGCAAAGCACAACAGCCGCUGCCACCGCCGCUUCUCGAGAACGCAGAUCAGCUUGAUCUUUUCUGGAAACGGUGUUUGGGCCUGUGCCAUCGCGUCCUUGAACUGUUUGCCAUGGGGCUGCAAGUUGAUGGCCGCGCAGGCGGGAAGGACUUCUUUCGGCCUUACCACGACCCCGCAAACGGUCCCUCGGGGAGCGUGCUCCGACUUCUGUAUUAUCCAACGCUGGCGCCCUCGGAGAAGUACGACGAAGAGACUGAUAUCAGAGCGGGAGCACACAGCGACUACGGGACCAUUACGUUACUCUUUCAGCGCCCUGGCCAGCCUGGACUUGAAAUCCUGACGUCUAGAGGCGGAGAUCCGGACGAGAGAUGGUAUCCGGUCCCUGUCAACCCCACGAACGAGCCACACGUGCCCAUACUCCUCAAUGUUGGGGACGCACUGAACUUCUGGACGGAUGGCUUGCUGAAGAGCACCGUGCAUCGGGUCAUAUUUCCAAAGGACCACGUCGGCGAGGACAGGUAUAGCAUCGCAUAUUUUUGCCACGCAGUCGACGACGCCAAGUUCGAACCGAUUCCAAGCGGCGUCGUUCGCCAGCAUCGCGAAACGGUCAACGGAGGCACGAACGGGACGACAGAGCCGCUGACAGCCAAACAGCAUCUGGAGUCCAGAUUGGCAGCGACAUAUGCAAGCAGUCUUCGGAAGUGACAUGUACGAGGAGCAAGAAACUUUUCCUGCCUGCUGACCGCCAUUUCGUGCGGUUGCGACGAGCUGCUGGACUGGCAAGUAAAGAUUCCACGACAGGAAGGGCCGCAGACAUGUUUGGAUUUAUGAUAGGCCUGCAUGCGUCUUGGGCAAGAAUUCAGUUGCAUCACACGACACUGGGGCUGCACUCCCCCACAGUCAGCUGGAGGCUUGUCGUCCAAGAUAUGGCGACGUGCGAGGCUUCAGGUCGACGCUCAGUUGGUGAUAUUAGUGAAGAAUACUGGCGAUAUCCGCCAGGAACCAAUGAUCGUUGUAAAGUUAAGAACAUGCUUGCGAUGCAUACGUAUGGCUGAACUUGUGAUGACAUGGCUCUGUGGCCUUGGGUCGGUAUUAGUGAAGGAUAUUGAAAGCAGGCCAUCUGAGCCUAUGACACGGCGUGAACAUGAUUUCUCUUCUCCACAAGCUCUGCAAGACAUGCACGUUUCGGGCAGUCCAACGGAACGUCCCACGCUGCAAGCUGCGAACACCCCACGUAUCGAGAACGACUCCUCGAG